AUGGCAGUCUCAAGUCUGGACUCGCGAGUAUUUCGCAAUUUAUUCGGUACACAGCAAAUCCGAGACAUCUUUUCUGAUGAAGCCUAUGUUCGACGUAUGAUCCAAGUUGAAGCAGCACUGGCUAGAGCACAGUCAUCGACAAAUGUGAUCCCCGAGAAUAUAGGACGAGAUAUCACGGCGAUGGCAGAUGAGGUUAAGAUCGAUUUCGACCGCCUUUCUCUCGAAACCGAUAUCGUCGGGUAUCCCGUCCUCCCACUCGUUCGCCAACUAGUCGAAGCCACGCCCGAUGCCGAGAGUGCGAAAUACAUUCACUGGGGCGCGACCACGCAAGACAUCAUGGACGAUGCAUCCAUGCUCCAAAUCAAAGCCGGAUUGGAAAUCGUCAAGAGCCAACUCGAUGACUUGAUCGGCAUUUUACAGCGACUUUCCAAAUCACAUCAACAUACUCCCAUGGCCGGUCGAACACAUCUCCAACAUGCCUUGCCCGUUACCUUCGGCUAUAAAUGCGCCGUUUACCUAUCUAGUCUUCUUCGCCAUGUCGAACGACUACGAGAAAUCGAAGCGAGGUGUUUACUCGUUCAAUUCGGCGGUGCGGCAGGUACGUUGGCGUCGCUUGGAGAGGAUGGAUUGAAAGUACGGAGGCAAUUGGCUGUUGAAUUGGAUUUGAAAGAUCCGUCCAUCACAUGGCAUGUGGCGCGUGAUAAUAUUGCCGAAGUGGUCAAUUUUCUGGCUCUGGUGGGUGGAUCUUUAGGAAAGAUUGCAUUGGAUUUGAUCGUCAUGUCGUCGAACGAAUUUGGCGAGGUUUCUGAACCAUUCGUGCCACAUCGUGGUGCGUCGUCGACGAUGCCGCAGAAACGAAACCCCAUAUCUAGUGAAGUCAUCCUGGCGGCGUCCAAGUUGUUGAGGGAAAAGGCGAGUACUUGCUUAGAUGCCAUGGUGGUGGAUUUCGAACGGGCUUCUGGGCCAUGGCACCUCGAAUGGUGUGCUGUUCCGGAAGCUUUUGUCUUGGUGGUUGGUGCUUUGCACCAGACGAAUUUCGCAUUAAGUGGUCUGGUGGUGAAUGUGGACAAUAUGGCGUCGAAUCUGCAUUCUUCAAAAGGUCUGAUUGUGGGUGAAGCGGUCAUGAUGGGUUUGGCCCCUUUUAUUGGACGUCAGAAUGCACAUGAUGUUGUCUACAGUGCGUGUAAGACGGCAAUCGAGACCAAUGACUCUCUGUUCAGUGUCUUGAGCAGUUUGCCAGAGGUGACUACCAAGGUUGAUACGGAGCGAGUUCGAGAGCUUUGUGAUCCUUUGAGAUAUAUGGGCGGCAGCGCGCAAAUGGUAGAUGAUGUCCUCCGUGCAGCAGAGGUAUACUCGGGUCAAAUACUUGGAAAGAAGACGACAACUAAUGGUCAUACGAAUGGCUUUACUCACAAACUCGCCGACUCUCACUGA